CAAAAACGCAUAACAACAAAUGCGAAUCUCGCAACAAUGUACGGGAGAAUACCCCAAGGUGGCAACAUGAAAAUCUGCUUCUGUAGUGACCUGGAUAAGUCGGUGUUGAUUAACAACUUUGAGAAACGUGGAUGGGUUCAGGUCUCUGCCGAUGACGAUUGGAAUUUUUAUUGGGCCGGAACACAAACGUGUCGAAAUAUCUUCAGUGUGGACAGUGGAUAUCGGAUGCACGAUAAUCAGAUCAUUAAUCACUUUCCGAAUCAUUACGAGUUAUCGAGGAAAGAUCUGCUUGUGAAAAAUAUCAAGCGAUAUCGGAAAGAUCUGGAACGUGAUGGCAGUCCGUUGGCAGAGAAAAGCGAUGCAAAUGCCCCGGGUGGGAAUAAAUAUUUGCAUCUUGAUUUCAUUCCAGUAACGUUUGUUUUGCCUGCUGAUUACAACAUGUUUGUCGAAGAAUAUCGCAAAAAUCCGCAAAGCACAUGGAUCAUGAAACCCUGCGGAAAAAGUCAAGGCGCCGGAAUUUUCCUCAUCAACAAGUUGUCAAAACUUAAAAAAUGGUCUCGCGAAGCCAAAACUUCCUUUCAUCCGCAAAUCGGAAAGGAAAGCUACGUCAUAUCCCGUUACAUCGACAACCCAUUACUGAUUGGCGGAAAGAAAUUCGAUUUGCGCUUAUAUGUGCUCGUUACAUCGUUCAGACCUCUCAAAGCGUACCUCUUCAAGUUGGGUUUCUCACGCUUUUGCACCGUCAAAUAUGAUACAAGUGUCACGGAGCUGGACAACAUGUACGUUCACUUGACGAAUGUUAGCGUGCAAAAACACGGGGGUGAAUAUAACAACAUGCACGGCGGAAAAUGGAGUGUACAGAACUUGCGACUUUACUUGGAAGGAACUCGCGGCAAGGAAGUCACCGAUAAGCUCUUUAACUCGAUCACGUGGUUAAUUGUGCAUUCGUUAAGAGCAGUUCAACCCGUGAUGGCGAGUGAUAGACACUGCUUCGAGUGCUAUGGUUAUGAUAUCAUUGUCGAUAACACACUGAAACCGUGGUUGGUUGAAGUAAAUGCAUCACCUUCGUUGACCUCCACGACAGUUAAUGAUCGCAUAUUGAAAUACAAGUUGAUUGACAACAUUUUGUCGAUUGUAUUGCCGCCCGAUGGAAUUCCAGAUGUUCGUUGGAACAAAAUUCCCAAUCCCGAAGCCUUGGGGAACUUUGACCUGUUAAUUGACGAAGACCUUGCGGCGCAAGAUGAUAACAAUCCGAGCAGCAAUGGAAAGCACAAGACUAACAAUCAUCGGUGGAAGUGA